GCGGUGGCAAGCGAGAGUGGAGAGUGAUACUGUAUCAAGCAAAUGAGAGUCGAGUUAGGAAUGGCAUGCCAUGGAAGUCUCAAGCUAGAAAUAGCUCCAGGACCGGACUGUGUCUGACUAGUUAGGUCAACAGGGGAGAGAACGACGGGGAGAGCAGGGCGGUUAGUUUGGCUGGAAGUACCACCCUGUGCUUGUCGUAGUACCCGUUAGGACCUGGCCAUUGGUAGGAGUCUCUCUCUUUCCAACUCUGGACUGUGAAGUGAGAAGCUGCCAUGGACAAGGACCACCAAGAGCCUCAGGGCCGAGAGGACAGCCCUGGGGGGGAGAUGACCAAAGAGGUUGUCCCGGUGUCAGAGUCUUCAGAGGGGGACUCUGUCCUGGGCUGUCACAGCACACUGUCCCACGUUGGUAUAGAGCGCCCCAUCAUCCACCAGGUGGCCUCUACCCCUAUGCCCACUGACUGUGAGUUCUCCUUCUUUGACCCAGAGGAGCCUCAGUGUAGGGAGGUGCUGGUGGACCCCAGCACCACAGUACCGGAGCUGUUCGCCAUGCUCAGGCAGUGGGUGCCCCAGGUCCAGAAGAAUAUCAGCCUGAUCGGCAACGAGAUCCUAAAGAGAGGCUGUGGUGUGAACGACCGAGAUGGCUUGACUGACAUGAGCCUCCUGCACUACUGCUGCAAGGCGGGGUCACCCGGCAUUGGUGACGCCGACACGGCGGCCAGCUUCGCCCGGCAGCUCCUGUCCCUGGGGGCGGAGCCGGGCCUGAGGUCGCGCUGGACCAACAUGAGUGCCCUGCACUACGCUGCCCACUUCGACGUGCCCCAGCUCAUCCGGGUGGUGCUGCACGCCUCCCAGCCCGGGGAGGUAGACGCCACCUGCAGUGACUUUGACUUUGGCACCGCGCUGCACGUUGCCGCCUCCAACCUGUGCUCCUCUGCCGUCAAGUGUCUGCUAGAGCUGGGAGCAAAUCCCACCUUCAGGAACGAAAGGGGCCAGUGCCCGGCCGACGUGGUACCCGAGCCCUUGGACAUGCCCCUGGAGAUGGCGGAUGCCGCCGCCCUGGCAAAGGAGUUGCGCAGCCUGCUGAGGGAGGCCCUGUCCCGGCCCUGCACCCCACUGCCACUGCCACUCACCCUUCCUGCCCUGGCAACACCAGGCCUCUCCGACAAGGCCCGGGCCCAGCUCACUACCAUGAACAUCCAGCUGGGCGACCGCGUGGUCAUUGCUGGUCAGAAGGUGGGUACUCUGCAGUUCUGCGGUAGCACCGAGUUUGCCGGUGGUCUUUGGGCCGGUGUGGAACUCGACCAAGCGGAGGGGAAAAACGAUGGAUCCGUCGCGGGAGUGCAGUACUUCACCUGCCGCCUCAAACACGGGAUCUUUGCACCCCUGUCCAAGAUCAGCAAACCCUCUGAACGACACAAAGCCAUACGGCCCCCUCAGCGCAUCGACAUAUCGCGCGUCACCUCCAAAAUAAACACAGGUUCUCCAUCCGUCAAAAAAUCACCCGAUAAACAAAAAGGCUCCCCAGUUCCUGAACAGGGCAAAGACGAGCUUCCUGAGGCCAAGACAGGUGCUGUCUCUCGUUCUCUCUCUUCCUCUUCAUCCUCCCUGGACUCCAGACACUGGCCGACCACUCGACAGCAGCCGUUGCUGCGGCAACGGCUUCCCGCGAGGCAGAGGCAGGAACUGCUCCAGCCCAGCUCCAGAACCACUCCCCCUCCGACCCGUUCCAAUCCCAGCUCCAGCUUCAUUGUACCCCGUAGCCGGACCCCCCCUGCCAGUAGCUCCUUGUGCGACGGGCCGGAGGUGCGCCUGGGGGAGAGGGUGUUGGUGGUGGGCCAGAGAACAGGGGUGGUCCGCUUCUACGGCAAGACCAACUUUGCCCCAGGGUUCUGGCUGGGGAUCGAGCUGGACAAGCCCAGCGGAAAGAACGACGGCUCGGUUGGUGGGGUGAACUACUUCAGCUGCUCUCCCAAACACGGUGUCUUCGCCCCAUCGUCGCGUGUACAGAGGAUCCAUGGCUCUAUGGAUUGUCUUUCUGAGCUGUCCUCCUCGCGUCUCAAAUGUGGUUUCACCGGAAUCCGCCGCAGCUUCAGCACGUCGACGGCCCAGCAGGAGCAGAGCCAGAAUAUUCCUGGCAACAGGUCACGUUCCAACUCUCAACGUCGGCGCUGGAGCACCCUGAGCGGCGGCUGGGGUCCGGGAACAGGCGGCCCAGGAAGCACCGGAGGAACCACCGCCACCUCCUCUGGAUCGAACGGCUCGGUGCGCCUUCACCUGGGCAUGCAAGUGCUUCUGAGCAGCGCCAGCGAGAUGGCCGUGGUCCGCUACAUGGGCCAGGCUGACUUCGCCCCCGGCCUGUGGCUGGGCCUGGAGCUGCGCACCACCAAGGGCAAGAAUGACGGGCAGGUGGGUGGCCGCCGCUACUUCACAUGCCGUCCAGGCCACGGCUUGCUGGUGAGGCCCAGCCAUGUCACUUACCACGGCAUUAACGGCGCCCGGCUAGUGGACGAGAACAGCUGAGGACAUUAGGACACUAGGGGUAAGGUCGGGUAGGUAGGAAAAAAGCAGAUGGAAUAUAUCGGAUAAAAGUUACAGUAUGUUUUUUUCUUUUUUUCUUGGGUUUUGUGUUAUUAGCAGACAGUUUUGAUUAUAUAAAUUCAAUAAAGAUUUUUUUAUUUAAAGAUUUAUGUUAAGUUGGUGUGGACAGCCUACAUUUUAA